GGGAAAUACAAAGCACACAUUAUACGGAGGAACACAUGCUACGACGCAUGAGAGAAUACAGGACCAACAGCUGAGGAAAUGGAAGUUGCUCGGAAACGUGUUGAAGCGGAAACACAAGCUGCUGAAGAGGCGGAAAAAUUGCGAAAAGAGCAAGAAAUUUUGGAAUAUAAAAGACAGCGUGAAAAGAAAAUGGAAUGGACAAAUCUGAUGGAGAAGUUGAAAUUAGAAGAGGAGGAGAGACUUUGUAUUUUGGCAGAGCCGUUACGCCAGUAUCUGAUGACGUAUGUUUUUCCAACGCUAACAGAAGCUUUGAUAGAAGUGGCAAAGUUACGACCGGAGGAUCCAAUAGACUUUCUCGCCGAGUAUUUAUUUCAAAAGAAUCCCGAGGGAAAGAUGUUCGAGCCGGAUUAUACGGAAACAAUGAGCAUGCUCUUGGAUGCUAUCAGCCGACAACAAAAUGAUGUCCUUCCAAGGAAAGGAUUGGAGGCCGACGUAACACAAUUCCUCAAAAGGCAGGAUGAAUUAUUCAUCGUAGACAAAAUAAGAAAAAUCGGAAUGCAAGACGCGGACAGAAAAAUAAAUGCGGCUAGAAAAGAAGAUGCGACGUCGAUACUCGAACAGAAUUUUGAGUAUGAAAAAUUUGAUGAUUCUGAAAAGGAGGAAUUGGAUUCUGAACAAACUACCGACGAAAUCGGAAGCGAAGCUUACGUGGAUAGCUUACAUGGAUAGCUUAAAGUAGAUAAUAAGUUCUUACUAAUCUGGAUAUUUAA